AUGGAUUUCCCAACCCAAUUCUUCAAAUUCUUCACCAUUUCUUUGCUCAUAUUUCUUUCAUCUCCUUCACCACCAAAUGUAGCAGCAUCAAAACUAAUUGAUAGUGUAUGCCAAAGAACCCUAGAAUACUCUACAAAAUGCCAACAACUUAUUGGAUCAGAUCCUAAAACAAAAACAUUAGAGGAUCCAAAAAAGCUUGCUGAAAUAGUGCUCCAAAUGAGCAUAGCAAAUGCACAAAGUAGCUAUGAUUUUAUUAACCAAAUGAUCAAGAGCAAUCCAGCUGAACCCAUUAAAAAGUGUCUUUUUUGGUAUGAAGCUGUGGUUGAUUCAUUCAAAAGUUCACAAGGAGAGCUUAAACAAGAUCCUCAAACCGCAAACUAUGAUGCCAAAACUGCUGGUGACAACGCAGAUACUUGUGAUAAAGAGUUGGCUGUUGGGCCUCCAAUUCCAGAGAUAUCUGAUAGAAAUGAUCAAGUUAGGUUACAUAGUAGGAUUUCAGAUGCAGCAACUAAUAUGGUUCAACUUUCUUCUUCUAACGGCGAUUAA